AUGGAUCUCCCCCGGUCUCCGAGCGGAUUCCGCUCACGACGGUCCUACCCAUCUCUAAACCACAUCUCGCUCGCGCCGUUAACACCACGAUUUCCCAUCGACGACGACGACGUCGACUACCCCAAUGAACCGCAGGACUACUUCUCCCCACGGGGCGAGGCCGAGCACGCCCCCACAUACAGCGGGUACGACACUCCGCCGCGCACCUCCUACCUGUCCAGCUUCUCCGUGCCCGGCACGCCGGGGGUGCUCUCUCACUCCCAAUCUCGCAGCGGGUCGCGCGCGCGCAACCACCGCCACCAGCGCAGCAAAAGCACCACCCGCGAGAAGACCCUAAGCGACACCAACCUGCGCGACCAGGCGGCUGCACACCCGCUGCACCACCAUUCCCAUUCCCACCAGCACCACCACCAUAAUGCCGCCCCCCGAACUAAAUCUACCCACUCUCACCACCGGCGCGACACUGAGUGGAUGCUCCGCACGGCCAGCGCGCUGGCCUCGUCCGCCCGCGAGGAAAAGGGCCAGAGCUGGCUCGUGAAGCGGGCGAGCUCGACCUCGCUCGUCAGCGAGGUGCACGCCAACGACGCGGAUUCAGCCGCGGCUGCUGGUGGUAGUGGCAGCGGCCGCGCGUACCGGCGGUCGCGGUCGGGCCGGUCGACGCCGGCGGCGUUCUCGCGGCGCGGGUCACUGUCGCGCGCCGCCAGCCGGCGGGGCAGUCGGCCGGAGCUCUCGAUGACGGGGCUGGAGAUGACGGGCGCGGGGGCGGGUGGCAAGAUGGGCAUGCCGGCGGAGGACGUGCGGCAUUUUGUGCCAGAUUUUGUGGACGAGCGUAUCCGGGCGGAGAUGGAGUGGAUUCGGCAGGAGGAGGAGCAGGAGGACGAGGAGGGGUAUACGUCUGCGUCGUCAGAUGGGUAUUUCGACUCGGACGAUGAUAUCGAUGAGCAGGAGUUCCAGCGGUUGACCCGCGAACGGGGAUUCGGGUUGGGGAGUUGGGUCGAUAGGGUCGUGGGAUGGACGGUGUUUGGAGAUGAUGACUGGCCUUGGGCUUCUGCUACCGCUCCGGUUGAGUCGUCGAAGACGGUGGAAGAGCGUUCAGUUACUACUGGAGAGCAUGAUGACCACCUUUCUGUGUCAUCCGUGGCGGAUGAUCUCGAUAGAGCGUCUGUGAGCGACGCGGAUCGUCAGAGCGUGAUCGAGAAGCCGGGCUCGGCCGGGGGAUGGGAGGAUGCAGGAUGGUUGUUCCGGACCAUGAAGCGUGCUUUUUUCUGA